AAGUAGAACACUUCGUUAUAAAAUGGUACUCAGUUUCAAUUUCUAGUUGUCAUAUUUAAAAAUUAUAUUUUCAUAAGGAAUAUCAAAGUAUCUCCCUAAUAAAUUACAAUAGCCUUGUCAAACACCGACAAGUCUUUAACGCGCAAGUUUAGUGUAUACGAACGCAGAUACAACAAGGAAGUAAAUUACUCAUGGGGAAAACGAGUCGACAUAUACAGUUUCGCAGGAAGUUUAAAAGCUGGCUUGAAUUGAAACAAAGCGAGCUGAACGGCUAUAGAUAAUCGAUAAAAAAAUUUAUAACAUUUGUUGUCUUAUCGUAUAUCAACAACCGUUUUGGAACUAAAAUGGGAAAUACGACUUCAUAUGUAACAGAGAAAGAUGGCAAAAGAGAUACACUACUGUUGGAUAGUGUGGUUAAAGAAGUUAGCGAGUAUUCGAGUGCAUUGCGAAACACUGUAGAAGGCAUAAGGCAUCAACAGAAACAACAGACAGAAGACACCACUAAUGCCGCUAAAGAGAUGCUGGAUCACAUGUUGAGGGAUGUUUUUGGUAAACUGAGGGAUUAUUUUACGACCAAUGCCAGUGAGACCUGUACUGAGUCGCAUGAAAAAGUUCCUGAUCCUACAGAUUCAGUUGAUAUGAUUAAAAAAAAAUAUGACCUGCUUACUCAAGCGGAUCUUUCUGAAGACGAAAUCAUGGAACUGAUAGGGACAAUGACGAAAUUAAAGGAAAGACAUAUUAGUGUUAAUAACAUUUUGGCACAUUUCGAGGAGUAUGGGAAACGUCCAAGUGAAAGUAAUCCAUCUCAACCUCUAUCAAGAGGAAACAGUAAAAAAAGUUUUCAACCAAAGCAAUUUUCUAAAGAAGGGAAAAAUCACGAUAGAACGGAAAGGCAUGCAAACACAAUUGGAGCAGGAAAUACAGCUGGAACAGGCGAUGGUACAGUCAAUUUUGAGGCCGGGAAUUGUUCAGUCAAAGAAAGAACAGGCAAUCGUAUUGUCGCAAGCGUUCCAGGGAUAAGUGAAGUCAGAAAUAAGGCCAACCCUACAAUCAGAGAUAUUACAGAAAAACGUUCAGUAAAAGGUCAAACUGUUAAUGCUUAUGCCACAAGUUUCACCACCAAUCGUACAUUCGCCGGUAAAACUAGCAAUCCUAAACUUACAGGUAAAGCCAGAAAUAAUACAUUCAGCUGUGGCAAAUAUGAAUUCGGCGAUGGGGCAGAAACAGAUAAAACUAGCGACGGCCAACGGGAAGUUGUAAAGGGAAAUGAAAACGAAUCACUUCAAACAAAUGACCAGACGACAAACGAUGACUCAACGGAAAUUGAACGUUUAAUGAAGACUGAAAGACUGCUGAAAGAUGAAAUACUAUGUUUGGAAUUGACGUGUACAGACCAUCAAAAUAAAUUGAAACUUGUAACAGGUGAGAACGAACGCCUUGCGAAGAAUGUCACUACAAAAGAGCAAGAUAUCAAAUCGAAGCAGAAAGAAAUCAUGUCUCUCAAACAAGAUAACGAAAAGCUUGUAUUGAGAUUAAGCAAACUCGCUGGAGAAAAGCUGACAAAGGAUAAUCCAAACAUAACGGACCUCAGCGACCCGAACCGUCCAACUAAACUUGGUGAGAUAUACAGCGAGUUGUACGACAAUGAAUGGACAGAUGCCUAUGAGGGCCUUACAAUUGAGGGGUACGAAGAGACGGAGGCCAUCUAAAUAUUGAACAUCACAUUGAAGAAUGCGUACAGGUUUUGUGCAAAAAAAUGCAGCUGAUAUGUUAAAGAAGACUGAACAUGUCGCUGUGAAACUCUUUGAGGAAUGCAAUAAGUCUCAGAUAAGUGUGUGUCAGUCAGUGGCGAUACCUAUGUCCAAGCCAAACGAUGGAACGCGACAAUUCUCCCUCAGUAUGCUUGAGGAACAGUUCAUAGAGAGACAUUGGAAGCCAAAAAUCGUUCCUGUACGUGAUCAUACCGGAGGACGACGAGCACCAAAUAGAGAAAAGGAGAUAAUAAAGCCUGCCAAGAUGGAGGGUGAACUGGUGAAAUUACGGAAGGAGGUAUCCUUGUCCAUGAUACCAGUUGUGCAACAGUUGAUUCUAAAGGAAUGUGACGAUGUAUUCACCAAAAGAAAAUUAGCAAAAAAAGUCCAAAUAUUAAAGGCAAUACAGUUCAUGAAAAAAAGGUAUAUAAAAUAUUCUUUGCUAAAAAAUUGAAUUUCAAAUAAGUGAAUAGUUUUAUGAAUAAAGUCCCUAAAUGAAAAUGUAAAAUAACCACACGGAGAUGCAGCAACAGUCAAAACCGUCCACAACAAGCGAAGGAAACUUCAUUUAUAAAAAGGUACAAUAACCCAAUAACGCUGAUGUAAACACAGCCCAGAAGGGACAUUACUGAAACGGGACGUAGUUACCGUAUUAAGCAUACAGAUUGUAUGUACCAUAUUUAUGCGAAUCCUAAUUUAAUCAUUUAAAGACUGACUAUCACGGGUUUCGGCUACGACUGCCCACGGUUUAGAAAAUCGUGGUGAUUCUUGGCAUCAUGAAUACAUUCGUAGCACAUAUUCGUGAUAUUUGUAGAUGAGUGGAGGAUUAUCUAAGAUAAUCGUGAGUCCCAAUAACAGUUUUAAACUGUUUGAAACUAUCGUUGUACAACUGUGAUAUAUUCAAACUAUUAGGAAAUUUUAAUUCAUUCAUAUUUCAAUCGCGUACUUUCGAAUAGCAAUCUUGUAAGCAGGCGAUCCUGAUAAUUCGUUGGGACUCGUGGUUGAUUGUAGCUCUUUUCUUUGGCGAUUUAUUACGACUGACUUAGGGUUGCCGACCUUAUAGUGCCACCUGUUAUGUAUACGGUACGGUUUUUGACUCACUUCUUACGACUUCUUAACGAGUCAUGUGGAUAUCCUACGAUUUUUCACGACUAUGAGAGAUGGCGACGCAAGUGGUUCUUUAAAGAUAGUAUUACGAAUGCAUCACAAUUACCUACGCUUGUUCCACGAAUAUGCUCAGACCAAUUCAUCGAGCACGUCUCAUGGUCCCCCUUUCACUACAACUCUCUACGAUUUUCAUGUCUAUGAUUAAUCGCGAUGAAUCGUAGCCUAAGCCGUAAUAAUGAAAGCUAGGCUUAAGCGACUAUGCUGAAUUGAUUUUUUAAGCAACCCUUCAAGUCGUACGUUCGGGUUGUACAACUAAAUAUUGAUUAGCUACCGAAGAAGAUCGUAAUGCCGAUUCGUUGAGUUAUAAAAGCAAAAAGAAAAAUGAGCUUUACUCGUGUAUGAGAUUUUACUUAUUAUUUAUAAUAAUAAUAAUUAUCAUGUGACAGUUAUAAUAAUGAUU